AAAGUGUGACAUUGUUUCAUUAAAAACGAUGUUUUAGGUCAAAAAAUAUUAUUUUACAUAGAAUAAGGAAUACAUUAUUAUUUUCUGAUGUUAUAUUCAAUCUCACUGCUUUGGGAGGCAAACAGAAAGAAGAUACAAAUUUGGUGUAUUCUCUUACUGAUGAGAUGAUACAGCAACGCAUACGUAAACUAAAUAAUCCGGAUAUACUCGAGAAUGAAAAUAAUCAAAUUUAUAGAACGUGCUUCGAUAUCCUGAUGGAAGCAUUUCCCAAAGAAAAUUUCACGUCAAAGCAGAUUCGCGAUAUUGUAAUAACGAUGCUAUUAACGGCCAGUGAAUCAAUCAGUAUUGCGAUGAAUUUUGUUAUCUUCAUGUUAGCAAAUUUCCCAAAAGUACAAGAAAAAGUACUCGAAGAACUAUUGGAAAUUUAUGGUACAGAAACGAUAAAAUCUGUACCAAUUAAAUAUGACGAUUUACAAAAGAUGCAUUAUUUGGACCGAGUUAUUAAGGAAACAAUGCGCAUUUUCCCUGUUAUUCCUAUAAUUGGAAGACAAGCCAAAGAAGAUUUAAAAAUAGGAGAAGUUAUUUUACCAAAAGGAACAAAUAUUUUCAUACCAAUUAUUAAAAUGCACCGAAACGAAAAAUAUUGGCCGAAUCCAUUAAUGUUUGACCCGGACAGAUUUCUUCCAGAAAGAAUAAAAAGUCAAUCGUAUUAUUACAUAGCUUUUAGUGAUGGACCAAGGAAUUGCAUAGGUAUGAAAUACGCAAUGAUGUCUAUGAAAGUUAUCUUAGCAACGUUGGCACGAACAUUCGUAUUCAAAGUAAAUAAAAGCGUUAAGAUUGAUGAAAUAAAAUUGAAGUUUAGCUUGACAAUAUCUACAGAGAAGCCUUUAAAAGUCAAACUUGAGAAGCGGUAUUUCCAAUAAAAUAAUCUUUUUUGCGUAGGAUGGGAAAAAUGUUAGCAUACCCUGAGGACCGUUCCCCAGGAGUUAUGUGGGGCUUGCACCCACUAAAAAACCCACCCCUCUGACAACCAGCCUCUGGUGUGCCAAGGACUUGGAGAUGCACUGCGAAGUAAUACGUCAUAAUAAAAUCAUCAGCUAUUGUAUCUCCCAAUCUUUGUUUCGAUAUAAUGUAUUUGUUCCCGACAAAUUAUUUAAAUUAUUUAGUUAUGAGACUAAUUUUAUAUUUCUGUAUAAUUUUUUCAUAUUCAUUGUAAUGUAAUUUUAUUGAUUUGACCCAGAAUGUUCUGAUGAAAACUAACAUAAGUAUAUGUCAAAACGUAAACGAUUGUUAAUUAUUCUUGCCAUUUAAUAAAAUAUUUUUA